CAGGCAUGUCCUUGGUUUCUGACAGGAGGAUUUCUUAAUAAUAAUGAUUGGGAUUUAGUGAGACAUGACCUUCAGAAAUUGCUGAGGGACCGGGGCGCGGAUAGUGUCCCUAUUGCCACAUUUUCCUUAUGGAGAUUAGUAAAGGAUGCUUUAUUGACAGACAAAAUAAAAAUCAAGGAACAACUUGCUGAAUGUGAACAGGCCCUAAAUCAGGUACAGGAGGAACAAAUGGCCGAGUCCUUAAAGGAUGAGGGUCCUCUUGAGGACUCGGGCUCGGGGAAUAAGAAACGCCUCCAGAUCUCUAAGCCUGAAAAGGAUCCUGAGGACCUCAGUUCUCUCUCUGAGGAAGAGGAGGGAUUAGAAAGGGAGAUAGAGGAAUUAGAACAUCGCCUUAAAAAGACAAAUGUCAGGGUGCCUACGGCUCCCUCAAUUGCCGCACCUCCUCCCUAUAAUCCUGACUGGGAUGAGGACACCCCUAAUAGACGGGCGGGAGUCUAUUGGGGUUCUAGAGCAGCUCAGGUUUUUCCAAUGAUUGAAAACGCCGAUGCUGAUGGACAGCCGGCCAGAGCUCAUGUCCCCCUAGCCUUUAAGGACAUAAAACAGCUUAAGGAGGCGGUCAUUAAUUAUGGACCUCAUGCCCCUUUCACAUUGACCCUCUUCGAGUCCUUCUCCGCUAGUCAACUGAUACCUAGUGAUUGGCAGCAACUUUGCAGGGCUGUGUUAUCUGGAGGAGAUUUCUUACUGUGGAAAAGUGAAUAUCAUGAAAGGUGCCGCGAACUGGCUCAGAUUAACCUGAAUGCGGGCCAUCAACGGCAAAAUGCCGAAAUGUUAACAGGAAGUGGGCAGUAUGCCACCAUAGGGCAACAAAUUAAUUACGAUCCAGGUGUUUAUGCUCAAAUAGCCUCAGCUGCAGUCCAUGCCUGGAAAGCCCUGCCCAUUUCUAAGACAGAAACAAAAAUUUCCAAGAUCUCUCAAGGGCCCUCUGAACCUUAUUCGGACUUUAUAGCCCGCCUAAUGCAGGCUGCUGGGAAAAUAUUCCCUAAUCUGGAACAGGCUAUGCCACUGCCAGUUCAUGCUAAUUCUAGUUUUCUCCCUACUCUUUUCUCCACUUCAUGUGACUUGAAUGCACCUUGCCUUGCACCUCGGGGAGAUUCCAUUACUCCUUUUAAUGGGUCCCGUGUGUCCCUUAAGGGAGUCUUUUGCUUUGCCAUGAGCGAAAAUAAUUGCAUCUCCCUCUGAGUUAAAAAUGUGACU